AUGAGGAAAACACUUCUGUUAUGUUUUAUCCACGGUUUUAAGGGAGGUGACGACACUUUCGGAGGUUUCCCUGAACACCUUCGAGCCCUCGUCAGCCAUGGUCUUCCCAAGGUUGACGUCCACGCAAUCGUAUACCCCAAGUUCGAGACCCGGGGUGAUCUGGCAGAAUGCGUGAGCCGGUUCAGAGAUUGGCUCGAGGAGAAGGUAAUAGACAUCGAAGUUGCGAAUAAGACACCUUCACCAACAGUCGACCCGUCUGUCCGUACGAUUCUGAUUGGGCAUUCGAUGGGGGGUAUCGUGGCGGCGGACACGGUUCUUGCCCUAACGUCGAAGGGCAUCAUCGACUCGGAAGACUCGACAACCCCCCAUCUGAACUCCUUCAUGUUCCCAUACAUUCAGGGCGUCCUGGCCUUCGAUACCCCGUACCUCGGUAUCUCGCCGGGAGUCGUAGCUCAUGGCGCAGAAGAGCAUUAUAACGCUGCGACAUCCGCGCUUACGCAGCUAAGUGGUUUGGCAGGAGCGCUUUGGGGUGGCAAAGCGGCGACUGAGGAGACGAAGGACGCGAAGAAGAAGGAAAUCGCUGCAGCAUUACCAGGCCCAUCGGCAUCAGAUGCGCCCGUUCCAGCAUGGCAGAGGUGGGGAAAGAUGGCUCUGUAUGCAGGAGCAGGUGCGGCUCUGGCUGCUGGAGGGACGGCAGCAUAUUUAAAGAGGGAUCAAAUUACAGAGGGCUGGUCCUGGGUUGGAUCGCACCUGGAGUUUGUGGGUUGUCUGGUGAAGGGAGAGGAGUUGCGGAAGAGAGUUGCGGGAAUGACAACACUUAAUAAGGAGCUAGGCGUUGGGUUUGGAAAUAUUUACACACGGCUGGGAAAGAAAGCCUUGAGUAAGACCGAUGGGAGCAUGGUCGGUAGUGUCAUUGGGAACCAGAGGACGUUCUGCAAUUUGCCCAAGAAGGAAGGGAAAGAAUUCUGGCAUGCAGCUAUCAAUGAUGAGGCUAACGACGAAACGGGAGCUCAUAUCUCUAUGUUCAACCCCAAGGAUAAUCCGGGUUAUUACAUCUUGUCAGAAGGGGCCAAGAGAUUAAUCAUCCGAUGGUCUGAGGGCAACGACUGGUACGAAUCGAGCUCCGAGAAUACAAAAUCUUCUGGCAUCGGUCAAGAGUUACGAUGA